AUAUUGUGUGACGGCCUCUGGUGUAUAUGCAGCCUUUAUGCAGGUUUUCUCUUCAUGCUGAAGGAAAAUGGCAACAACUGACUCCGACUACUACUAUACGGAGACGGGCACUACAGGCAUCACUGAGACAUACCAUUACGAUUAUUACACUGAGGAUGAAGUGUGCGACAAAUCAGAUGUUGUGUUUUUUGGAGCAAUCUUCACUCCUGUAUUUUUCUCCUUUGUGGUGAUCUUCAGUCUGUUGAGCAACAUCCUGGUCAUUGUGGUGUUGGUCAAGUACGAGAAUCUCAAAUCCCUCACUAAUGCCUUCAUCUUGAACCUGGCUGUAUCAGAUCUCUUCUUCACCGCAGGUCUGCCCUUCUGGAUCUACUACCACAUGUAUGGAUGGACUUUAGGGGAGCCUGCAUGCAAAAUAGUGAACUUCAUCUUCUACAUUGGUUUCUACAGCAGCGGUUUCCUCCUCAUCCUGAUGACUAUUCACCGCUAUGUCGCUGUGAUGAAACCUCUGUCUAACAUUGUGUCCACCACAGGCCUCUACAGUAUCGUAGCAUCUGCGAUCAUUUGGGUCGUGAGUAUCCUGGUUGCCAGUCCUGCCCUCCUCUGCACUAAAGUCGUGGACUCACAAUAUUGUGUAUAUGAGAAUUCUUACUGGAGACUAUGGGGGACCUACCAGCAAAAUGCAAUCUUCAUACUGAGUUCAGUGAUAUUCGUUUUUUGCUAUUCUCAGAUUAUGUGCAGGUUGCUGCGGCCCACUGUCCAACGACGAAGAAACAAAACUUUGAAACUCAUUUUCAUUCUCAUGGUUGUUUUCUUUGUAGGAUGGCUACCGUACAAUGUAGUACUAUUUCUACAGUCUUUGUAUUGGUGGCCCCAGACAGCUACUGAUGCUAAAACUUUGGCUGAAUACUGUGAAGCAAGCAAAAGAUUGGAUUAUGCUUUUUACAUUAGCCGAUUUUUUGCCUUUUCACACUGCUGCCUCAACCCUGUCUUUUACGUGUUUGUGGGAGUUAAAUUCAACAGCCACCUAAAGAAAAUGCUGAAGAGCUGGGGUCACAAACAGAACAGCGUCCGCAGCAGGCACAGCCGACUCACAAUCACAUCACAAACAAGUGGUGAGGAGCUCUCGAUCUAGGCCAUAUAAUAAAAUACUCUGUACCAGUAGAAAGGAAACCUCAUUCAAAAUCACAAUCUACAUGUAAGAAUGGCAAUUACUAAAAAUUUUGUCUUCUAAAUGUUGUAAUCUUCAUGCCAUAUCUCUAAAAAAUCUUGGUGAACGAUGCAUUCAAGUUAUACUGUUUAAGCCAUAAUUACAAUGGAAAAAAUAUAUCACAGCAUUUGUAAUUGUUUUUGUUGAAAAUAACUACUGGCUGCUUAAUCAUAACACAGUAUUGCAUUUUUUUUUAAAAAAGACACCCCAAAAUGAUUGCCCUCAUUGGUAUCCUUGUAGUUAAACAAUCUGAAUAGCCCAAUUUAAAUAAAGGCAACUCGGCUCCUAAGUUCAUUUUAGUUUAUGUGGUAUGUGUCUUAACCACUUGGCUGUCAUGUCACCCUGCAGCAUUUUAUCAGAUGCAAUGUAAUAAAUUAUCUGAACUGUCAGUAGAGGAAUCAAUAUUGGAUUUAAUUAGAUGUAACUGCUAGCAUUGCAGCUUUUAUAGCCUUUUCAUAUUAGCUCAAAACCUUGCUGUAUCUAUCCACAGUGCUGCACAGUGAUCAAACUGCAAUCACUUCCUUAACAUCAGACAUACGCUCAGUGAUCAGAGCAGGUAGACAUGGUCAAGAAUUUUAGUUGUUCAGGUAAAAUUUUCCAUGUGACUUCAAGUUGUUGGAACCGGUUUGAGCAUCUCAGAAACUGCUGGGAUUCCUCUAGAGUUUACAGAGAAUGGUGCAAAAAACAUCCAGUGAGUGGCAGCUGUUAAUGAGAGGGAUUAACACCUUGUUAAUUACAAAGGCCAGAGGAGAAUUUGCAGACUGGUUCAAGCUGGUAGGAAUAACAACGUUCUGCGGCAGUGCUGUCACGUGGGCUCACGGAAAAUUCGAGCUGCUCUGGUGGCAAAGAGGCAUCCUCCACAUUAAUGUAAAGGCACCUGACACACUGGGCUCUUAGUAUAUGUAAUAAGAAGCUUGACAGCAACGAUUUGUAAUAUACCAACUUUCAUCCAGCUUUCAUCCUGUAAUUAAGUGUGGCUAUCUACUCUCCAAUCAAACUGUGUUAUAAUAAGAGUGGCUUCAAAAGUAUGUUGAUCACCUGAUUCCAUUGUACAUUUUAUUACAGCAAACAUAACCAUAUGUGAUUCACUCUGAUUAAUGACAUUUUAUUUUGUGUUUUUCUGUCAAUCACCUAUGAAUCUACAUCUAUUAUUCUGUGGAUUUGCCUUCCAAAGUGGAAUAUCCAAAAUGAAUGCAUGUCAGAAUGUAUGUAUGAUAAUGAAUGAUUUUCAUUGCUACUCUCCCACUUGAUGGGCUACUAAAAUGGUGUUGAAAUUCC